AUGAGCACCCAGUUCCCACACAGGCUACAGAAACUUGCAACUCAGAGUCUGCUGACAGAAAAGGCCUUGGCCAUAUGGGCCAUGGAGGAUUUGCCAGGGGAGCUCUUCCCACCAGUGUUCGUGGAGGCCUUCAAUAGGGGACACGCUGAACUCCUCAAGGCCAUGGUGCUGUCCUGGCCCUUUCCCUACCUGCCACUGGGAGCCCUGAUAAGCAUCUGGAAACCAAGGAAGUUAAACACUCAAGUGGAUGUUGACUGGGUGCAGAACAGGAUGUUACAAGCUGUUCUGGCUGGGCUCAAUGUGUUGCUGAGCCAGAAGCUUGGUUCCAGCAGGCGGAAAUUGCAAGUGCUGGAUAUGCGGGACGUGCACCAGGACUUCUGGAGAGUCUGGGCUGAAAACCAGUUAGAAGCGUGCUCCUCAGAAGUCAGGAGGAAGACAAAAACAGAGAAGACUCUGCCAAGGGUAGCAAAAAAGCAGCCUCUCAAAGUGAUUUUACAUCUGUGGCUCAGUGAGUUUGGCAUGGAUCCAUUCCUAAUCUCCCUCCUCCAGUGGGUCCAGAAGAGAGAAGGCCUGGUGCAGCUGGAAUGUACAAGCCUGAGGAUCACAAGCAGGUGCUUUCAAAAGAUCACUCAGGUCUUGGAAAGCCUCAACCUUGAUUCGGUGCAGCAUGUGGAUGUGGGUCGGUGGGAACUCUCCACCCUGGCUCAUUUUGCCCCUUACUUAGGCCAGAUGCAAAAUCUCCACACACUAAUGCUCUCUGACAUCUCUAUGCCUGACAUCAUUUCUCCAGAGAAGACAGAGCAGAUGAACUCCCAAAUCACUUCUCAGUUUAUGAAGCUUCACUGUCUGCAGGAGGUUUAUGUGGACUCUCUCUUCUUCCUGGAAGGCCACCUGGACCAGGUGCUCAGGUGUCUGAUGUCACCAUUGGAGACCCUCCAGUUAAGUUACUGCUGGCUUUCAGACUCCGACUGGAACCAGCUGCCGCACUGUCCAAGCAUCAGACACCUGAAACACUUGGCUCUGUAUGGUUUGGACCUGACUCGUAAGCUUGAUCCCCUCAGAUUUCUCCUGGAAAACAUUGGAGCCACUCUGAUCACCCUACACUUGCAGGUCUGUGGAAUCAUGGAAGUUGAGUUCUUGGACUUUUUGCCUGCCUUAAGUUACUGCUCCCAGCUAACUACCUUCAGCUACAUGAGGAACUCCAUGUCUCUAGCCAGCCUGGAGAGCCUGCUGUGUCACACUGCCAGGCUGAGCAACUUAACACUGGAGUUGUACUCACGUCCUGAAGAAGUUUAAAAUCCCUGGAAUUAUGUCCACCCACUGAGCCUGAACCAUAUGUGGGAGGUGCUAAGGAGGGCCGUGAAGCCAUUGAACCAUCCCAGGGUGAUCUGAGUUUGUGCUGUUCAUGGUGGCAUCUGUUCAAACUGGGACAUCUGUAAACUGCACACUGCUCCAUGCUCAUCUUGUGUAGCUAUCUAGUGCGACCCUCACACACUAUUCUUCCUUCUGGGAUUCAGGAGC